CUUAAGCCACCGGCGCGCCGCAGCAACACGAGCCGUCGCCGCAUCAGCGACCGCUGCAAUCUGCACGCUACUACUCCGCCGAUGAGCAGCCGCGAGGAAUUGAGCGAGUUGAAAGAUGCUGCUGUGGUCGCUUCUCGUCGUGCUGCCAGCAUUCUCGGAGGCCUCGCACGUGUUUGGAUGCUCCCUGCCGCCUCCCUCCACACAACAAUUCAACGCGACAACAGCGGAGAAAUCUUGGUACCAGCAAUACCAGUACCAGGUUCCCAUCCUGUCAUGGAUCGGCUGCAUUACCUACGAGCAGUCGCCUGGUGACAGCGACACGGAGAUGUACCUGAAUGGCAACUUCAGCAAGUUACCCCUUUUCCCCUUGUCGGCUAAAGCCACUUUCAACGGGAACCGAUUAGACAAAGUCUACAAAGGCAUAUGGUAUCCCUUCCUGAGUGGACCGUACAAUGUCGUGUACACAGAUGCGGAUCUCUUCAUUGAUCAUUACUGCUUCUUAGGCAAUGAUGUCGUUCAAGUCUUUACGAAUGUGAAGAAUCCCAGUGCCGAAGUGCUGAAGAGAAUGUGGAAAGUCGUUGCUGAGAGUCCAGAGGUAAACGAGUCUAAACUGAGGAGAGUCAACUGUUGAUUAUGUAUAGUGCAAAUAAACCCUGAUUUCAAAACA